CAGCAGCAGCAGCAGCAACAACAGCAACAGCCCAGAGUGCUUCCGUGCCCACCACCAAGGAUCGCAGCAGCGAGGGCGGUACUGGGCGGGGCGGCGGCAUGGCUAAGCGCAAGCGCAGGUACUCGGCGGAGGAGGAGGGGAAGCGGCUGCUGAACCAGUGCAGCAAGCACCGCGACCUCAAGACCGCGCUCUCGCUCUUCGACGCGCACGUGGCGGGCACGGGCCCCGCGUUCAAGACGUACGAGUACAACAUCCUGCUUUACCUCUGCUCGCUCGUCGCCAUCACGGGGGAGCAUGGAGGUGUACGCCGACAUGCAGCGCCGCGCCGUGCCGCUCAACAAAGCCACCUUCACCGCGCUCGCGCGCCUGGCGUCGGCGCGGGGCGACGCGCGCAUGGCGUUCCGCGUGGUGGAGGACAUGGUGGCGCACCGCGCCACCGCUCGUACGACCCCGCGCUGCUCGCCUUCUGCCGCCAGGGCGACCUGCCCCGCGCCGAGGAGGUCUUCCAACACAUGGCUGCAGGGGGGCUUGCCGCGCUGCCCGAACAGGUUGCUGCGCUGCUGGACGUGAGCGUGCGGGCGGGCAGCCCGGGCAGCGUGUACAAAAACAUUCACCGCAUGCGGAAAGUUGCGCGUGGGCUGCCCGAGGACGUGAUAGGGUCGUUGAGAGCUUGGUUUGAGUCCGCCAGUGCGAGACAGGGAGGGGGGGAUGGUGAGGGGGAGACGAGAGCAGAGGAGGCAGGAGAAUCAGGCAGCUGUGAGGGGGAGACAGAGGUGAAGGGGGAGGGGGCGGAGGCAGGGCGGAAGACAUGGAGCUGGGAGGAGGCGGAGAGGGCGAUGAGAGUGAACGGGGGGGGAUGGCACGGGCCGGGCUGGACCAUGGAUAGCCACAACGCAGGGGCCGCAGGGGGCAAGGGCGGCGAGUGGCAGGUGCAGGACGUGCUUGUGGACGAGGUGGGCGUGUGCAGCGGGUGCGGCGGGCAGCUGGCGACCAUAGACCUGGACGACGAGGAGACGGAGCGCUUUGCCCGCGCCCACGGGCCGUUCAGCGCCGUGGUGGACGCGGCGAACGUGGGACUGUACCACCAGAACCUCGCGCAGGGCGGGUUCAACUUCUGGCAGCUCCACUCCGUCGCCAAGGCCGUGGCCGCCCUCGCACCCGCCGCCCCAGGCUCGGCCAUGCCUUCAGAGGCGUCCUCAGACUCCCCCUCCGCCUCCCCGCGCCUGCCGCUGCUGGUGGUGCACCACAAGCGCGUGAAGGGUGGGCCGGCGGCGCAGCCGUUUGCGCAGCAGUGCCUGGCACAGUACGAGCAGCAGCACUGCCUCUACACCACCCCCACCGGCGCCAACGACGACUGGUACUGGCUGUAUGCGGCAAUUGAGAUGCAGUGUCUGCUGGCCCUGCGCAUGCCGCCCAACUUCUCCUUUGUCAUCCAGGAGUCAAGCGAGGGCGGCUGGCACUUCCCCAAGGCGCAGACUGCAGGGGGGCAGGGCACCGAGGGCGGGGAGAAUCAGGGAGCAGGGGAGGGGGAAGUGGAGAUGCAGGGAGAAGCGGAAGGAGAGAGACAAGGGAUGCAAGGGGGUGAGGGGGAGGGGGGUAGCGGAGAGGGUGGAGGGGGCGUGUUUGAUGAGUGGCUGUGUGUGCAGUGGAAGAAACAGUGAGGGGAGGGGGGAGGGGGAGUAGAGGAUGUGCCAGCGCCGGACUGGAGACGUCAUCAACGUGGAGCAGAGCUGUAGAAUCCGUGCUGC